AUGUCCCCGGUGAGUUUCUUCCUUCUCUUCAUUUUCACACUUCACACACUCCAAGAGCAACUACGAGAAGAUUGUUCUGUGCAGCCGCCGUCGCCACACCAUCCCAACAUCGUUGUGCUCAUGAUUGAUGACCUGGGUUACGGUGACAUUGCGGCAUACGGUCACCCGACACAGGAAUACACACAAGUCGAUCGGAUGGCUGCAGAAGGCACCCGAUUCACACAAGCCUAUUCGGCAGACAGCAUGUGCUCGCCGAGUCGAGCUGGAUUUAUAACUGGAAGGCUACCGAUACGAUUAGGAAUAGUUGGAGGCAGGAGAGUAUUUGUACCGUAUGAUAUUGGAGGUCUUCCAAAGACAGAAACCACAAUGGCUGAAAUGCUGAAAGAGGCUGGAUAUGCGACGGGAAUGGUUGGAAAGUGGCAUUUGGGAAUCAAUGAGAACAAUGCGACCGAUGGAGCGCACUUGCCAUCCAAACGUGGAUUCGAUUAUGUUGGAGUCAACUUACCGUUCACCAAUGUUUGGCAAUGUGAUACCACGAAAGAAUACUACGACAAAGGACCAGAUCCAUCAUUAUGUUUCCUUUACGAUGGAGAUGAUAUUGUUCAGCAGCCAAUGAAGUUUGAGCACAUGACCGAGAAUCUUGUUGGAGACUGGAAGCGAUUUUUGAUGACCCGAUUGGCUCAGGAUCAACACGAGAGACCCUUCUUCUUCUACUUCUCCUUCCCACAGGUCCACUCAACCCAGUUUGCCAGCAAACGAUUCAGAGGAUCUUCAGUUAGAGGAAUCUAUGGAGACUCGAUCAAUGAAAUGUCAUGGGCGGUUGGAGAGGUUUUGGACAGUUUGGUCAACGCUGGAAUCGCUGAAAACACAUUGGUGAUUUUGAUGUCGGACCAUGGACCGCAUGUGGAGCUGUGCUUGAAUGGAGGAUCUACUGCUGGAUUGAAGGGAGGAAAAUCGAACAGCUACGAAGGAGGAUUCAGGAUUCCGUUCAUUGCUUGGCAACCGGGAACUGUCAAACCAUCUCGUGUCUCUCAUGAAGUCAUUUCCAGCAUGGACUUGUUCCCGACUUUUAGAGCUAUGAAUGAAGAGUGUCUUUUUGAGAAGGAAGCACUCCGUUCUGACGGCAUCAACAUCGCUGACGAGUUGCGUGGUGAGACUGAUGACGUUGAGGGAAGCCUCGGAAAAGCCCGACCAAUUAUCUACUACUGUAACACACAUUUGAUGGCAAUUAGGAUAGGAGACUACAAAGUACACUACAAAACCUCACCGAUAUUCCUGAACACUUCAGUCGACCCGAAUCUUGAUUAUUUCUGCCCGAAUGGAAAACCAAAGUCUGAUUGGUACGUCUCCCAAGUGUGCCCAGAUGAGCAUCUUCAGAAGCACUAUCCUCCACUUGUUUUCGAUUUAAUCCGUGAUCCUUAUGAGCAGUAUCCACUGCAAAAUUCGGUGAAAUCCCAAGAAAUAAGAUUCCAAGCUAUGCAACGGCUAACAGAGCACAAAUCAUCUCUGGUCAAAGUCAAAAAUGUUCUUGGAAACUUUAAUAAAACGUUAAUCCCAUGCUGUAAUCCUCCAAGUUGUAAAUGUGACAAGCUGACUCGACCUAAUGGUGAAUCCGAUGAACGUCCCGAAUACGUUGGCUUAGCGCCUGAUCUCGAUCGGACAGAAUACGAACUUUUGCACAGAUUUUUCUAA